AUGGAGAUCUGUGUGAGACUCAACGAUGACUGCGAGAGUGACUACACUUUUCAAAUCGACAAAAAUGACACUUUUGACUCGAAAAUCAUGAAGAUGUUCAACCCAAAAACCGGGCUGGCGAGAUUCAUGGUUUUGAGACCAUCGCUUUUCUAUAAGAUCGAGCCUAAGGGAUUGACCAAAUCGAUGCACCCUGGUUUCUUGACGGAGGACGGGUGCUUGAUCUACCACUACGACUGCGACAAACGCGAAUACCGCAAACCGCUAGAUCUGAAAAAUAAGAAAAUCUGGGAACAAUUGUGGCCUGGCCAAUUGGUGCUACCUCAGUGGGAGUUGUCGUACGGUAAUAUUGCCACGUUUGUUGUGCUCAUGCUCGCGUGGCUAUACACGGAUCUGCCUGACGUGAUUUCGCCCACUCCAGGCAUAUGUUUGACGAACCAGUUUUCUAAACGAUUGGCAGUGUUGGCACGCAACUUCGGUUACAACGCCAUUUCAGAAAAACUGCUGGAAGAAACCCAGAUUAAUUCUGCCGGUACCAUAGCACAAUGGUUGUUUUUCACGCUGCACUGCUUGAAAGUGCUGUUCAUCGCGCUUGUACUGUACACGGGGCUGGUAAACCCGCUUACGGUUAACCCACUUAACUUUUAUUACACACGCAAACCGAUCAUUUCCAAAAACACAGAACUUUUGAAGGAGACGUUGCGGUCCGUUGGAUGGAUUGGUGUGAAACGUGCCACCUACGAUGACUACCGCGACACGUACUACAACUACCGGUUAGAGAAAGCCGGCGGGAUGGUGGCUGCAUACAAGAGUGGUAUCAUGAAGAAGGCAGCGACCCCUGGGGUUUUGUUGGAGACCGGUGAGGGAUUCCAGACGCCAUUGGAUAAACGGUUCACAGAGUCGACUUUCAAGACCAUGGAGAAAAGCCGCAAGUUUGUGUUGAGUGAAGAGUAUUUGAUCCAGGUGGAGCACGAUCUUAAGGAACAGAUCAAGGCCAUUGAUGAGAAGGAGGUUUACAAGAUCAACCAGGAGAUUCGCAAGUUCCGUCGUUACGGAUUUUUCGAAUGCGGGCCACAACUUGCGCGGUUGGUGCAGCUGCGACAGGAGGUUGCUGCUGAGAAAGCUGCAGUGCAAUCCGAAGAAGAGAAGAAGGAGCAGUGA